GGUAAGGUUCACGGUUCAUUGGCUCGUGCCGGUAAGGUCAAGUCGCAAACUCCAAAGGUUGCCAAGCAGGAGAAGAAAAAGAAGCUCACUGGUCGUGCCAAGAAGCGCGAAACCUACAAGCGCAGAUUUGUCAACAUCACCAACGCUCCUGGCGGAAAGCGUCGCGUAAGUGAAGAAAUUGUGAAAUUUCAUGAAUAA